AUGGCUCCUGUGAAAUCAAGAAGAAUCGCUGUUCUGGGAAGUCGUUCAGUUGGAAAAUCAAGCCUUACUGUUCAGUACGUCGAGAACCAUUUUGUUGAAUCGUACUAUCCCACUAUUGAAAAUACGUUCAGCAAAAAUAUCAAGUACAAGGGCCAAGAAUUUGCUACCGAAAUAAUUGACACCGCUGGACAAGAUGAAUAUAGCAUCUUGAACUCAAAGCACUCGAUUGGAAUUCACGGUUAUGUCCUUGUCUAUAGCAUAACUAGCAAGUCUUCCUUUGAAAUGGUCAAAAUUGUCCGCGACAAAAUUCUCAAUCACACGGGCACAGAAUGGGUUCCUAUUGUGGUUGUCGGUAACAAAAGCGAUUUGCACAUGCAGCGUACUGUUUCCGCUGAAGAAGGCAAGCAAUUAGCCAGCGAAUGGAAAUGUGCUUGGACGGAAGCCUCUGCUCGUCAUAAUGAAAAUGUUGCUCGUGCUUUUGAGCUGAUAAUUAGCGAAAUUGAAAAGCAAGCCAACCCCUCUCCACCUGGCGAUGGAAAGGGCUGUGUUAUUGCUUAA